AUGUGGCAGAUUGUUGAAGGGGGCUUUUUUUGGGAUCCUGUUUUAUUAGGAAAAGGGAUUUUCGGUUUAAUAAAUGUGUUUAUAGGGAGUCUUGAUUGUACACACUGGGCUUGGGAUAAUUGUCCAGUAGCUUGGCGUGGUCAGUACAUGCGAGGUGAGCAUCAUGGGCCGACGAUAUCACUUGAAGCAGUUACGUCACAGGAUUGUUGGAUUUGGCACGCAUACUUUGGUGUUGCCGGUUCAAACAACGAACUUAAUGUGUUGAACCAAUCUCCUUUGUUCAAUCUUUUUGAAGACGUCACAGCACCGUUAGUUCCUUUCACUGUAAAUGGAACCGAAUAUCAGUACCCGUAUUAUCUCGUGGAUGGGAUCUACCCAAGAUAUGCGAUGUUUGUGAAAACGAUUUCUCAUCCAACCGGUGAGAAAAGGAUUCGAUAUGCUAAGGCACAGGAGGCUGCAAGGAAGGAUGUGGAGCGAGCUUUUGGUAUUAUCAAAAAAAUAUGGAAAAUACUUAGAGAACCGGCACGACAAAUGGAAGAAACCCUCAUCCGUAAGAUCAUGUAUGGGUGUUGUAUUCUUCACAACAUGAUUUUAAAAGACAAGGACCACGCUAUAAAUCCUGAUUACAUUCCAGAUCCCCCCGUUGCGCCACAACUAUCAGAUGAACGUCUGGCAGAGAUACAUAACCCAAUCUUUUUAGAUAGUAAUAACUAA